AUGGCCUCUUCUCCUAGUAUGGAAUAUCCAUUCGCGUCCUCACCCGACAUCCUCCGUACCCACCAAAAAGACGCCUACAUCACUGGCACGCUCUCGACCCAGGCAUCCACGAUCCUGCGCGCCCUCCUCGGCGCUCGUGUCGCACACAAACACUCCGAAGCGACAAACCACCUAAGCGAGCUACUCUAUCUAUGCAUCACCACGCUCCUAGGCAAUCGGACGCUGGGGGAGGAAUACUGCGAUGUGAUCCAAGUGGAAGACGACACACUGCGGCUCGCCGGCCUCGGUCGUCGUGUCGGAUAUAUCGCAAACGUGGUCUUUGCGCCAUGGGCGUUGAGCAAGACGCUACCGGCGCUGCGAAGAAAGCUGCGCAGUAAAUUGGAAUGGAAUAUCGGGCAUGCGAAUCAGAAGCAGAAACAUGUGCACCCUCGCGCACUGCAGGUCCAGGAGUAUAUCUUGAAACACCUCGAUACAUGGACGUCUCCGAAUCCGAUCUACGCGCUGAAUCUGGCGACAUUCUACUUCACCGGAGCGUAUUAUCACAUCUCCAAACGGCUAUUCGGACUUCGCUACGUCUUUACGAAGCAAAUCAAACCCGACGAGCAAAGGGUUGGGUAUGAAGUGCUGGGUGUCUUGCUCGUGCUUCAGAUGGCCGUGCAAUCGGCCCUGCAUAUCCGCGAGACGUAUCUCGAGGCCACGAAUGCCACGGCGCUACUGGAUCGGGGACAAUCCACGACAGCCCUCGUCGGGCACGGCGUUGAAGUGCCCAUUAUGAACCCAUCGCUGGGGAACUCCGCGUUCCCCGUCCUGACAGACAUGGACGUGCCACAGACGCUGCCACCGGGAUUGGCGGCCAACACGUCCACACCCGUCCUCGACGUCGCUCGAUAUGAUCUGACAGACCCCGGAAUAUUGGCGUGGAUCCCCGAGGGCCAGCAGCGGAAAUGCACACUAUGCCUAGAACCCUUCCGCGACCCCAGUGCAACCACCUGCGGCCAUGUGUUCUGUUGGACCUGUGUGCAGGAUUGGGUCAAGGAGAAGGCUGAAUGUCCGCUUUGCAGGCAGAACGUGCUACCACAGAAGAUCCUGCCUUUACGGUAG